AUGGCCACACCACCUUAUAUAUUACCUUCAAACCUUUCCGCGUCGGUUCAUACCGCACCACCUACUCCUAAUGUAGUCAUGCCACCACCACCACCUCGGCAUAGCGUUUAUUCUAGUGACCCACGCGCUCACCUCAUAAGUGCCAAUAAUUAUUUUCAACUUUAUUCCACUUCUUCCCCGGCGGCGACAGAACAACGUUUUGUAAAAAGUUUUGAAAAUCAAGCUACCUCAAACAUCCUACCUCCAAUAAACACGUCCACCAAUGUAGUUACUGGCUUUAACACGUCGGGAAAUAAUAAUUUACUCUUUUCUAAUAACGUGUUGGUAGCUACUUCUAGACCACGUCUUGAAAUCAGACGUAGCAGUGAACCCACAUAUCAUAUGGAAUAUGCUACCUCGGAGUCGUCGUCUUUUAUGUCACCUAGCAGAUUUUCCCAACAGGAUACUAUUCAAAAUUUUAACUUGCAACAGAAACUUGGUCACAUGAAAUUAUCUUCGGCACCACCCGCAAAAACGAUAAUGCAACAAAUGCGUCGUAGACCUUCCACGUUAUCACAAAUUUUGCAAAGCAAUGAUGAUGAUUACAGAAAAGAAAGACAGCCGAUAGAGCAGAAUAAUAUUAAACGGCCGAAAUUUGACGACAGGAGGGAGGAUGGGAAUAGAGAUAGUGAAGAUGGUGAUAGCUGUAAUAAUGUUUGCCAAGAGAGGGGGAUUACACCAUGUCUUUCACCGCUUCAAAUCGUGCCAACGACUAACGCGAUGAGCUCGUCAUCCAAUGGCUCGCCAGUUACAACAAAUGACAGUAGUGAUACUGGAAGCAUGUUGGGUGAACAAGUUCCGCAACAGCAAAUUUUACGACAAAAUAAAGGGCUCAGGCACUUUAGCAAGCAAGUAUGCGAUAAGGUGGAAUCAAAAGGAGUGACAACUUAUAAUGAGGUUGCAGAUGAACUUGCUGAAGAUUUUGCAGCCCAGGUGACAGAGCAUGGAGGUGUGCAAAAGGUGGAUCAAAAAAAUAUAAGACGUCGUGUAUACGAUGCUUUAAAUGUAUUAAUGGCAAUGGACAUAAUUGCCAAAGAUAAAAAAGAAAUAAGGUGGUUAGGUUUGCCGGGUCAAAAAAAUGGUGUGAAUUCGGCAACAUCGUCUGCGACGACUGAUGCUGAAAUUGAAAGGCAAAAAUCUGAGCUCAGAGAACUGGAGCGACUGAAUCGACGCUUGAGUAAACAAGUGGACGAAGCUAAGGUUGCUUUUCAGGAUAAAUUAGCAAGGCACCUUCACAUCCGUAACCUUGUGAAGAGAAAUAAUAAACGUCAUAACCCUUAUCGAGUAACGAACAACAAAUUAAAAUCCGAAAAAGAAUUGCACCUUCCUUUUAGGUUAUUACAUUGUCCACGAGGAACAACCAUUGAACAUCAUAAUAGCCAAGAUGGAUUUUCUCAAAUCCUUUCCUUUCAUCCUCAUCAACCCACUAUACUCGAAGACACUCAUAUUUUGCAAUACAUUGGUAUGGACAAAAUUUCGCUCGAUGAUAUACAACAAUGGGUUAAUCCUGAACAUUUGAAAUGGAUUGUCACGAAACAGUGUGAAGAUGGGGAUUAUCGUAUAAGCUGUGCUCAAUAA